CUUGAAUGGACAGAUUCUCGGAGGUGCUGACUGUAUCUAUUUUAAUUGGUUUAACUUAAUGGCAAUGCUAGGAUAACACUGAAUGUACCACAAGACCAAAAGGAGAACACUGGUGACUCUUCUGCAGUUUAGGUUAUAAUAUCUCUCCUGAUGUGUGAGCUCCCGAAAGCCAGAGCGUACAGGGGGACCAGAUGCACAACCAACUGACCAAUAAACAAACUCUCUGUGAUCUUCAUUGCCCUACGCUUUCUGCACCGAUUGCACACAGCGUGACUAUGGAUCACAGUGGCGCUUGAUCCUCCAACUUUUUUCAAGACCGCAGGCAAACACAACCGAAUUUCGCGCGAUGGAGAUGUUCUGGGUAGAAAUAUUCGGAUGAAAGAUCUUCCCUCGAUAACCGGAGUAUGGAUGUGUCUUUCACUGUAAGGACGUUAAGACUGUUGUGUAUCAUUUUUAUUGCCAAAGUGUUUCGGGUUGCUGGCUGCCCUCGCGGAUGCAGUUGCAGCCCGUUUCAAAUGAACUGCACGGGGGCCCAACUCCAACAGUUCCCAACAGACAUCCCACUCAACACCAAGCAACUGAUUAUUUCCAACAAUAACAUUUCCAGCCUCCCCACUGCCCACCUCAACUACCUGGGCGGCCUGGUGUACCUGGACAUCAGUAACAACUCCCUGACGGAGAUCUCGCAAAGCUCCUUCCUCAACAUGCAGAUGCUGGUGUACCUGGAUCUGAGCCGCAACCACUUGCGGAGGAUCGCCCACUUCACUUUCAAAUACCUGACCAACUUAGUAGUGCUGAAAGUGAGCAGCAACAACGAGCUGAUCUUCUUCGACAAGCGGGCCCUCUCAACAAACAUGAAACUGCAAGAAAUUGACAUAAGCGGAAAUAGUCUAACACUCAUUGAUGUCAAUCUACUCGCAGCGCUUCCACACCUGAGGUCUGUGCGUCUUGCUGGAAACCCAUGGAUGUGCAACUGCAAUACGGAAUGCUUAAUAAGCUGGAUGAGAAGACACAGAAGAAUUAUUCCAGAUGCUGCUGAUGUCACUUGUGAAUUUCCAGAUUCUUUGCAAGGAGUCCUUGUCACAGAAGCUGCAGAUAAACUUUUCCCACUUUGUCACAGGAAAAGCGAAAUUAAAUUGAAAGAAAUCCUUUACUUUUGCCUCAUUGGCCCCGGACUAUUUUCUGCAAGCAUUGCUGUCAAUUUGACUUUCAGUUUAUUGAUCGUUCAUUUCAAGAGGAUCAAGAAGAAAGACCUGAAACAUUAUCGCAAACUCCGCAGGGCCAUUUCGUUUAAGUAUUCCAAGCGCCCUAAUGUGAUUAUUCAAGAAAUAAAUACCAAAGUCAGCACAAAAAGGAGCACUGCUGUAGGAACAAAAGUCAAUCGAUGACAGGACUUCUGAGCUUUUACUGUGAAAAGGUGGUCCAUAUUGCGAGUGUGAUAAAGCGGCUCAAAAGAUGUUAAGUAACAGUUACAGUAUUGCCUUAAUGCCUACACAAUCAGAAAACUACCAUAAUCAGCAGGACUUACAACUACUAUUCUGAAUCUUAAUUUUGUAGCAUGUUUGAUCUCAGUGAUUUCUGCACAUAUAUUUGUUUCUAAAGAGUAUUGGAAUACAGAAUCUUCCAGAUUUUAUGACUCGAAUUUUUGCAAAUGAAAUUUAUUAAGUGUAAUCAUAUUUUAUUACUAUAUUGUUGGAUAACUUUAAACAUUGGUCAAUAUUGAUCAUCUCCCCAUAAAAAAAUGGACUGCCACAAUAAUUCAUUUUACAUGUAGGGAGCAAAUUUGAAAUCAGAGAAGAAUUAACUAGUAGCAACAAAUGAAAAUGCUUUCUAUUUGUGAACAAAUUAAGGAGAUUUGGUAAAGUAAAAAUGUGUUAUCGUGUCA